AUGAGCACCAACAUCGAAAAGACAGUCGCAAGACUGCAGGAAAAGAUCAAAGAGGGGCAGUAUUACGAAGCGCAGCAACAAACGCGAGUCGUAGCGGCGAGGUAUAUCAAGGCCAAGAAGUGGGACGCGGCUGUGGACAUCCUCUUCAAUGUUGCGAAGGCGCUGCUGAGCGCGGGCCAGGGGGGCAGUGGCGGCGAUUUGUGCAAUUUGCUCGUGGAGGUCUACGAGAAGGCGGAGCUGGAGCCGGAUGCGAAUUCUAAGGGGAGGCUGUUGACGUGUUUGAGGUUAUUUGAUAGUGAGGAGCCGACGAGGAAGAAGUUUAUUGGUGGUAUGAUUGGAUGGUCUAGCAAGUUUGGCGAGUUCCCAGCCGGCGACCCCGAACUCCACCACGUCGUAGGUUCAAUAUACGCAGAAGAGCACGAAGCCUACGACGCAGAACGACACCUAGUGCUAGGGACCAAGGAUUCGCCCGAGAUCCUCGCCCGGAUGGAAUAUAAAUGGUACAAAGAAAGCGACCCGCAUCUCGCCGCCCAGUUCGCCGCCCGCGCGGUCAUCCCAUACCUCCUCGUCGGCAACGUCCGUGCGGCGAACGCCUCCUUCCGCAUCUUCACCUCAGCGUUAUUGCAAGAUAACAAGGGCCUCUCCGUGCAGGACGUCAGCAGCCAGAGCAGCGACGUCAAGAUCUUCCCCAGCAUACCGCUCCUCAACUUCCUCUCGCUGCUCCUGCUGGCCGUGCAGAGGGGGAGCGCCGAGCUUUAUAGGCAGCUGAUUACCAAGUACGCGACGCAUCUCAAGGAGACUGGUACGUGGUUCGAUACGCUUGAUGCCAUUGCUGAGAUGUACUUUGGCGUGAGGAGGCAGCGGCAGACGAAUCCGCUGUUUGAUAUGAUGGGUAGCUUGUUUGGUAGCGGCGGUGGUGGCAGUAGCCAGCCCGCGAGGAGACCCGCCAACCGAGUGGAGGCGCCUGCCCCCGAGGGACUGGACUGA